UACUUCUUUUGUUUUUCUAGUUUGGUUGGAUUUUGGAGGCAAAAUAAAAGUAUUUGUAUAUAAUGAAAUAAUAAAAUGGAAAAUGAUAGUUUAUAUGGAAAAAAUGGCUUUAACAAAGAAAAUCAUAUUACAGAAAAUGGCUUCAUCAAGGAAAAUCUUUUUGCAGAAAAUAAACAUUGUAACAAAAGUAACACUUCUCUCAAUGAGGGUUUUAUGUCAACCCCAAAUCAUGCUAAGAAAUUAGUCAUUAAAAAUUUCAAAGUAAUACCCAGUCUCCCUGAUAACUACAAAGAUGUAACUUUUGAGAAAUUAAAAGAUGCUGUUAGUGCUAUUCAUCUAGAACAUUCUAUUUCAUAUAGUCUUGAAGAACUUUACAAAGCGGUAGAAAAUUUGUGUUCACAUAAUAUGUCGUCUCAGUUGUAUGAAAGACUCAGAGAAGUUUGUGAAGAGCAUGUUAAAACUAUCAUUGCAGAGUUUUCUUCUGAUAUCAUUGAUAAUUUUGUUUUUUUAAAAAAAAUGGAUAAACAAUGGGAGUCACACUGUCGGCAGAUGACCAUGAUCAGAAGCAUUUUUUUGUAUCUUGAUAGAGUAUAUGUACUGCAAAACUCAUCAGUUCUUUCAAUAUGGGAUGUUGGGCUUCAACUAUGGAGAAUACACAUUAUGGGUCAUCCUUUUAUUCAAUCAAAGACAGUACAAGCAUUACUAUUUUUUAUCAAAAAUGAGCGCAAUAGUGAAACAGUUGACAGAAGUUUACUGAAGAGAUUAAUAAAAAUGCUAGCUGAUCUUCAGAUGUACCAACAAAUAUUUGAACCAGUUUUUUUAAAAGAAACUGAUCAAUUGUAUUUGGUUGAAGGAAAUACAUUAAUGUCAAAAGUAGAUGUCCCAAACUAUUUACAACAUGUGGAAAGGCGACUAAAAGAAGAAUCAGAGCGACUUUUUCAUUAUUUAGAACCAUGUACUAGAAAAGCUUUGAUCAGUUCUGUUGAAAAUCAAAUGAUUAGUUGUCAUCUUACAAAUAUACUCAACAAAGGGUUUAACUACUUAAUGGAUUGCAGUGCAAAUGUUCAUCUUUUGCUUAUGUACAAUUUAUUUUCAAGGGUAAAAAACGGGCUCGAUAGUUUGUGCGAAUAUUUUGGUGCUUACAUAAAGGUAAAAGGUCUUACAAUAAUUAAUGAUACAGAAAGAGAUAAAUACAUGGUACAAGAAUUGCUUGAAUUUAAAGAGAAGUUAGACAUGCUUAUUGAAGAGUCAUUUAACAAAAAUGAAAAGUUUAUCAUUACUAUGAAAGACUCUUUUGAAUAUUUUAUUAACAAACGACCAAACAAACCUGCAGAACUUAUAGCAAAAUUUGUGGAUAUAAAACUCAGAGCUGGAAAUAAGGAGGCAACAGAAGAUGAACUUGAAAGAAGAUUAGACAAAAUCAUGAUCCUUUUUAGAUUUAUACAUGGAAAAGAUGUUUUUGAAGCAUUUUACAAAAAAGAUUUAGCAAAAAGACUAUUACUUGGUAAAAGUGCCUCAGUUGAUGCCGAAAAGUCAAUGUUGUCUAAGUUAAAGCAAGAGUGUGGCGGUGCAUUCACUGGCAAACUGGAGGGGAUGUUUAAAGAUAUGGAACUUUCAAAAGACAUCAUGAGUAGUUACAAACAAAUGGUUCAGCUUCAGAACACUUCUUCUGGCAUUGAUCUAAAUGUAAACAUAUUAACAAUGGGAUAUUGGCCUACUUACACACCUAUCGAUGUUCUUCUGCCUAAUGAAAUGGUGAAACUUCAGGAGGUUUUUCAUAAGUUUUAUUUGAGUAAACACAGUGGAAAGAAGUUACAGUGGCAAACAAAUCUUGGAAGUUGUACAGUUUUAGCUUGUUUUCCAUCAGGAAAUCAUGAGCUGCACGUAUCGUUGUUUCAACUUUUGUGUUUGCUUCAAUUUAAUGAAGGUGAUGAAUUUUUAUUUGAAGAUCUUCUUACAGCUACAGGAAUUGAAGAGGGAGAGUUAAAAAGGACGAUACAAUCUUUAGCAUGUGGCAAAAUCAGAGUCUUGCGGAAAUUACCUCAAGGAAAAGAAGUAAACAGAGGGGACAAACUAAUAUUCAACAAGAAGUUUUCUCAUAAUUUGUAUAAAAUAAAGAUUAAUCAAGUUCAAAUGAGAGAAACACAAGAAGAAAAUCAAUUAACAAACGAGCAAGUAUUCCAGGAUCGCCAAUAUCAAAUUGAUGCAGCAAUUGUUCGAAUAUUAAAAACCCGGAAAAGUUUAAUUCAUAACCUCCUCGUCACAGAAUUAUACAGUCAACUUAAGUUUUCCGUAACGCCCUCCGAUAUUAAAAAAAGAAUUGAAAGUUUGAUAGACAGGGAUUACAUGGAACGAGAUAAAGAUAACUCCAAUACUUACCAUUAUAUUGCGUAAAUUUGGAAUCGAAAAAAUCUGAACGUGGUGCUGAUAUCAUAUCAGGCGUGUUUUUUUUAUGCUUGACUUUCUUUUGAACGGAUGUUAAAAUAAAAGUUCGGCCAGCUGUUGCUGGAGUCAUUGAUGAUACUAUUUGUGUCAUAUUUAGAGAAAUGGCGUUGUAUAACGUGAUCCUCUUAAAAACGAAUUAUUUACGAAA